AUGAGAAGAACAAAACGGUUUGGCAUACACUCAAAUAGAACUAUAAAAAGAUGCUAUGGAAGAAGAUGCUGUGAACACGAUCUAGCAAGAGUUGUAGAAUGGUCAUGCUCUAGAUAUACUAAUGUUGCUAAUUUUGAAGAAGCUAAGCAGAAUUGAGUUAAGUCAAAGCUUCAUAAACAUUUUUUUGGAAAUACGAUAUAUGGGAAAGGAAAAGUUCCAUUCGAUAGAACAACUCAUAGAAUAAGUCAACAUCGCCGCCAUUUUCUGUGGGAUAGGAUUGCCAAUAAUGAAGAAGAUGUGUAUAUAGAAAAAGACAUAGAAUAUGCUAAAUUUCUUUGGAGUUUCAGGGGCAUUUUAAAGGCUAAAUAUGCAUAA